AAUGCUCAAAAUUAAUUCUAUUGGUCGUUAAAAAAACCCAAUUAACACGAGACACCUUUAUAUAUAAACAAACCAAACCCUAACCAAAUCUCCACCAUCACAUAUUCCUCACAAACAAGUUAUAAUCAACAAUCAAGACACGAGUAUAUAACCCAACCAAACCCUAACCAAAUCUCCACCAUCACAUAUUUCUCACAAAAUAAUGGAAGACGAUUACUCCCCCACACUCAUUCAUCACGAUUCCGAUAUCGAUCUCAGCUUCACCAGCUCAACCUCCAUCACCACCACCACCACCACCAGUGCUCGCUCCAGUCUUACUAGCCUCAGCUUCACCGACUCAACUCGCAUCUCCUCCGUCUCCACCACCACUUCCUCCACCGAAAUCCCCAACCUCCACCGCCGCCCUCACCGGAGCUCCGACACCAACUGGUCCGCCAUACGCACCGCCACAAACCUCUCCUCCGACGGUGCACUCCACCUCCACCACCUCAAACUCAUCCGCCACGUCGGAUCUGGCAACCUUGGGAGAGUAUUCUUAUGCCGUGUACGUGACAACGAUCACGCAACUUUUGCUUUAAAAGUUGUUGAUAACAACCUGCUGACGUGUAAAAAGUUGUUACAAGUGCAAACAGAGGCUCGGAUCCUCUCCGUGCUAGACCACCCGUUCGUUCCUACACUCUACGCGCAUCUAGAAGCUUCUCACUACACUUGCUUCUUAAUCGAUUACUGUUCAAACGGAGACCUACAUUCCGUGCUCCGCAAGCAACCUAACUACCGGUUUCCGAUCAACGCCGUUAGGUUUUACGUUUCAGAAGUUCUCGUAGCGUUAGAGUAUCUCCACUCGAUCGGAAUUGUUUACCGUGAUUUGAAGCCGGAAAACAUACUUAUCCGUAACGACGGUCAUAUUAUGCUGUCGGAUUUUGAUCUAUGCUUCAACGCUGACGUCAUUCCGGUCCUUGAUCGCCGGAGUGAUGACGUCAGAAGUAAAGGUCAGCGGAAUUGUUUCGGAUUUUCAAAAGGUGAAGAGGAAACGUUGCCGGAGUUUGUGGCGGAGCCGACGACGGCGUUUUCGAAGUCGUGUGUAGGUACACAUGAAUAUCUAGCGCCGGAGUUGAUCUCCGGUGACGGUCAUGGAAACGGGGUGGACUGGUGGGCGUUUGGAGUGUUGGUUUAUGAGUUGUUGUACGGAACGACGCCGUUUAGGGGAGGGAGUAAGGAGUGUACACUGCGUAAUAUAGCAACAAAGACGGUUAGGUUUGAUGAGGUGGAUGUUAAGGGAAUGGCGCAGGCUAAGGAUUUGAUAGAGAAAUUGUUGGUGAAAGAUCCGCGGGAGAGGCUAGGAUGCGCCAGGGGUGCGGCGGAGAUUAAACGGCACCCGUUUUUUGAUGGUGUUAAGUGGCCGUUGAUCCGGAUGUACCGGCCGCCGGAAGUGAGGGGGGUGACGGUUAAGAAGGGCGGCAAGGCGCAUGUUAGUCACGUGGGUGUACAGAAGAAAAGGCGGUCGUUAUGGAAGGGGGUUAGGUGUAUAGUGUUGAAAGAUAAGGGGGCUAAAUGUUAAAUUGGAAUUUAAACAAUAUUACU